AUGGUUGAUAACAAAGUGAUAAACAUACAUGAACAAUGGUAUUCGAUCUUAGGUGAAAAAAUAUCUUUGAUUGAACCCUACCAUUAUGUUAAGCUUAGUAAAAUUUUUCCACCUCCAAAAUUACCGGCUUCUAGAAAAAAUGGGACUGUAAUUGAAGUUCUUCCUUACAUCCGACAGAAAGUAAAGAUGUGGGGAGCUGAUGUUCUUAGAGCAGAAAAUAUUAAAACUUUGAUCGAGGAAGUUGAUGAUGUUUCUGAUGAGAAGUUUUCUGAUGUUGAAUCAAUGAAUGAAGACCAAGAUUUUCUGCAAAAUAAAAAUAAAUUAUCCCGAUUUGAUUGCAUUGCUAGUUUGCUUGCAUCUUCUGAAUGUACUGUAACUCAGGAUAUCUUUCGAACCUUAUCACAAUUUCCAAUUGCAUUUCCCUUAAUUAUACCUGGAUUAGUUGAUGCAAAUAAAUUCAAAGUGUUGCUUCCUUUGCUUAUCGGUCCAGUGAUCAAAUGGGAAAUGAAACCUGGAACGAUAAUUGAAAAUCAUCUUUUCAGUGAUCCGUUCAAAAUGAUUGUCGCCGUUCGGAUUGGAGCCAAUUCUCUGGGUAAAAGCACGAUUCUUAAUCAGUUGAUGACUUCAGAUUCUAUGUUCUCCUCAAGCUGUGAGCCAAGAGCAGAAUAUGGGAUUCCACAUAUGGUCAGUGGAAGCGUCGAGUUUACUGGUUAA